CUGAAGAAGCCAAUUUUGGUUUUUUCAAUUUGAUUUUGCUAAAGUAAAAUGCAUAUUUAAAAGAAGCCAAUUUUAACCAUUUAGUGCAUUUUAGUCUUGCUGAAUUAAAUCUAAGGCCGGACCUGUACGUACUAAAACAGCAAGAAUCGUGUCUAAUCAUGUCUCAGUAAUUCAGUAUGGACGGCUAUAAGUCUACGACACGUUUGGAAACGUUAAAAAUUGGUUAUAAUAAUUGAACUAGUGUAACACCCGGGCAUGCUCCAGUAGUGUUAAUUUCAUAUGGGUCAAAUGUCAAAUAGUAAUAAACAUUGUGGGGAAAAAACUACUACGUAUUAAAUUUGUGAAAUAUUCAUAAGAUAUGAUUAAAAAAAUUGGCCACAAUCGAUUUCUUUUAUGAGCUAACCCACCACCAUGAAUACGGGUGAUGAAUCAACAUCUUUAGGAGAAUAAAUUUGUAAUUACAUUGUGAUUUAUUUACUUAUUGUUGUCACGAUUAAUCUUGUUUCCAGCAAUUGGAAUUGGGAAUAUGUGGAGUUUUUAAUUUUACAUUAUUUUGGAUAUUCACGUGUAUUAUUGGUGUUGUACGAAUGUACGAUCAAAGUCAUGUUUACGUGACCUAAAGUUCCAUUAUUUAAAAAUUUUGGUCUUGAAUUAGAGUCUCACUCAAAUGUGUAAUAUUAUUUUUGUAUGAAUAGAAUCCUAUUAUGCGUUAUUAUUACGUGUAUUAUAGUCUCAUUAUUCAAAGAAUUUGAUCUUGUACAAUUAUUUAGGAAACUAAAUUUAUACAGUAUUUAUUCCGAGAAAUAUACACUAUGAAUAUGGUUGAUAUUAGAAGUUGUUAUAUUAGUCUGAUAUGAAUAUUUACGAUCUAAAGUUUUUAAGAUCUGGUUUGAUCUAAUCUGAAUUUUUCCUGAUCUUGUAUGAUCCCGCGUAAUAAAUCUUUCUGUUCUGAUCUAAAUCUCUCUUAUGUAAUCUGAGCUCUUCAAAUUUUGACCUGAUUUGAAAUUCCGAUCUAAUCUAAACGCUUUUAUGUGAUUGAGUGUUUAUUAGUAUUAUUAAGUUAUUAUUAUGAUUAUCAUUGUCAUUAUUAUCAUCAUUAUAACUACAAUUAUAAAUAUAAUUAUAAAUACAAUUAUAACUAUAAUUAUAAUAUCAUUUUAUUGUCGUUAUAAUUAUCCUAAUUUUUAUAUUUAUGAUUAUCAUCAUAGGUUCAAUAAUAUGAAGUAUUACUAUUAUAAUUAGAUUACAUAUAUCAACAAUCAGAGGCGUAGUCAGGGCAUUGGGCCGGACUUGACCGAACCAAAAAAUUUGUUUAGAAACUAUUUCACACGGAAUUUUUCACCUUAAAAAUUAAGACAUUUUUUAAUUUGGGGUGGGUCAGGGAUGUCGGCAACACUAUACCUCCGCCCCUUCCAACAACCUACACUUUUAUAAUAAUAAUCAUUUAUAAAUAUUGAUCAUGAUAAAAUUACAUUAAUAGUAAUAUUUCAAUUAAAUAAUAAUUUUAUCAUUGACAAUAAUCAUAGUAGUAAUAUAUGAUGUUUUAUGAAUAACAAUAACAUACAAAAAAAGAUUAUAGAAUAACAUCAUUCAUAAUUAAUUUUAACAAAAGCAACAUACACUAAUAACCUACAUAAAUAUUAAGAUUAGUUAGCAAUCAUCAUAAUAGUAAAAGUUAUAAAUUAUAUAUGAACUUUUCUAAUUUGGUCUGAGUGUUCUGGUCUGAUCUCAUUUUUUUAUUUAGUAUGAUAUGAUUUGAAUGUUUUGGGCUAAUAAUAUGAUCUGUCUGUUUUGGUCUAAUUUCCUCCUUCUCUCUCUCUCUCUUUUCCAUUAGAGUUGUUCCAUCUUUUUGUUUGGAACUAAUUAAAUCUUUCCAUAAUAAUGAUAAUAUAAUUUUUAUUAACCAGACCAAUAAAUGACUGGCAUGUCACUACUUUGUAACCAUAUCUUAAAUAUUUAAUGAAAAUUGGAUUCCUUAUGUGUCACAACUAUUAUGUAAAUGUUCACUUUUCAUAAUAUACAUUUAAACUCAAAUUUUUCUAUAGAUUUGGUAUUUCAUUGAUUUAUAGCUCAAUUUUUACAAUAGUAUUUUUAUAUAUGAAAUUUGGUGUCAUAUGAAAGAUCAUAACAGUAUAUGAUUUUUGUUUUGUACAUUGUGAAUUUUGGAGUGAUACACCAAAUAAGUUUGUUGGAUUAAAAUAAAUAGUAGUGAUGCACCAAGGUGGAUAGUAAUGAUGUACUAAGUGAAUAAAAGUGAUGCACCAAGUGAACUUAGACUAAUUAAAUGAUUUCUAUUAUAAUUGGAGUACAAAAAAGGAAAAAAUCUCCUCUCCUUUCUUCAUAUAAACUGACGUGAUUAAAGUGAAUAAUAAUGACCCACAAGUAAAUAGUAGUGAAGCACACAGUGAACUUGAAUUCAUUAAAUGUUUUGAUAGUAGUGAUAAUAGCUUUUUUUUUUUACGUACAGCGAUAAUAGAUUUUUUAUUAACUAAUGAGAAACUGACACAUCAUUGAUUUAUAACUCGGUUUUAUUGGAUAAAAUAAUAUUAUUUUUAUUUUAUACGUAUUAUAUGCACUAUUGAUGACAUAUGAAUGAUCAUAAAAAUUUACGAAUUUUGAUCUAAUGAAUUUUAUUUGUUGAAGCGAUAAAAUUACUUUUCAUUGCGUUUGUAUACUUUAUAUGUAUAUACUGGAUAAUCUAGUGUAAAGUAACUUUGAGCAUGAUUGAUAAUCCUAUUUUUUUGACUUAUCAAUCAACAUUUUCACCAAACACGUAACUUUUAAUUUCGCGCGAUAAAUUGUGUAAUACUCCAGAAUAAGAAAAAGUAAGGUUGAAGAUACUUUUCUGGCUGUAUUGACCGAAUUUACUGUAGAAGAUCAUUUUAGUUAUCUUUUAGUAUACUUUUCUUUUCUUUUAUUGAAAAAAUAUAUCUUAAAUAUAAUUUAUUCAAAAAUCAACUAAAUCAAUCAAAUCAGCCACUGUAGACUAAGUUGAUUCAGCAGAAUAAGUUGAUUCAGCUGAUUCUGUUAUUACCAGGUACAUAUAUAUGCUUAAGUUACGUAUGCAAUUUGUUUUUGCAAGAGCUUAACUUUUAUAAAUUGACAUAUUCUAUAAAAAAAUAGAAAAAUUCAUUUUUGAAAAACCGAAAUCAAUAAUCAAAACAAAAGUUGAUUAAGGAAUUCAUCGUUUGUAUAUUUGAUCUAUUUUAAUAGUGUGAAUGUUUCAAUUUAUAUGUACGAUUUCUUCCACUUUUUUCUCCCAGGUCUUCAAUGUUUUUCCUCCAAUUUUUUCUCCUACUUUUUCUCUUAUUCGUUUUCUACAUUACUGUUUUAAUUAAACUAGUAUUGUACCCGUGCGAUGCACGGAUAUAAAUUUUCAUUUAUGAUAAGAUUAAUAGUAAUGCUAUACAUAGUAACUAUUUGAGUGAAUUUGACUUUGCACCCAACUUCUUGGGUGAUAUUGGAUUUUGUACCUCAUUUUCAAAAAACUUUGACUUUGCACAGUAUUUUGUCAAUAUUUUGUAUUGUACUGUAUUGUUUUGAUGAAGAUUUGUUUACCAAAUAAAAAGUGUAACUUUAUUUAGGGUCAUCCAGAAAAGGAACAUGACUUUAAUUUAGGGAAGGAGUGAAUAUCAUUUUACUAUAAAUAAAACUCAAAAGAAACUACCACCUACAGCUUGAGAUAAACUGGAGGAAGUAAACUCGAAAAGUUUGUUUAGAAAUAGUGAUGCCUACACUUUCCUAUCAAUUAUGCUUUAUUGCAAUAUUCGUUUAUGGCGAGUGAUGAUAAAUUUAAAGUUUGGCUUACAUAAGGUGAAUAUUAUCAAUAUAUAAUUAUCAUAAAUAUUGGACUGAAAUUUGUUGGUCUGGUCUAAUCUGACCUGGUCUGCCCUGAUCUAUGUGUAUUUUAUAACUACGAAUGUCUGAUCUGGUCUGAUCUGCUCCCAGACCGAAAAUAAUCCAAAAGAAAACAUCCUAAUUGACAACAUUUAAUUAUCAUAAUUUCCAAAUGAGAUAUUAAUGAGUUAGGAUAUACUCCGUAUAUGAAGUACUUUUACUAUGAUCCACUUUUCUAUACAAAGCAAUACCGAGUAAUAUACUACUCCGUACGUAUUUAGUUGGAUAAAGGGACUUCAAGAAUAAUAGACACAUUCAAUUCAACUUUAAUUGACCAAAUAUUGAUCACAUAAAGAGUAAUAUACCACUUUUCUAUACAAAGCAAUAUUUAAGUGCUAUACUCCAUGUAAAGAGUGAAUGAGUAAGAUAACCAAACAACAGUAACAAAUAUCUAAACAAAUACGGGACUCACAAGUCAGAAUUCACAAAAAAAAUUAUUGGUGCACCAACUAUUAUAUUCCGUAUUUAAUUAUCGACCAAUGCAUAACUGAACGUGAAAGAAGUUACUGGCAUGGGAUGUUAUACGUAGUAACAUAUUGCACCAGGAGUGAUUUAACAACUUUUCUCUUCUAUGUCAUCAUGAGCACAUGAUUGAAGAGCAGGGACGGUUAUUUCCACCAGGUUUGGUUUUUAUAUACUCCGUUACACAAAGAUUUUCGGCCUUCACGCCCGUAUUUGUCCAGUCAUAACUUUUGAAGCACGCAGGAACCAUCGUAACUUUUGAAGAAGCAACAGUUAUUAUCUUCUUUCUUAAAUAGGAACGGUUACUAUCCUGGUUUCUCUUUUUAUAUUAGUAUAGAUUACUAUGUUAACCAAUAAGAGUGAGGCACAUCAGCAAUUUAUAACUGAGUUUUACAAUUAAAACAAUAGAUUUGUUAAAAUAAUGAGUAAACACGGGAAAAUCUUUGUGUACACGGCGGGUUACACGCCCGUGUAUACAGCUUAAAAAGCCCCACCGCCAAAGUAACUAACCCACCCCACCCCCUCUCUGCCGAAAUAACCUCCCCCAAAAUUCCUCCACGUACGCCCGCUUUUGAAAAAAAACCGCCACCCCCCUCUCUUCCCUUUCUCCCAUGCGGCCGUUCUCUUUCCCCACACCAACGAAAACCGCCCCUACGGAAAAACCAGCCAAACCCACUCCCUUCUUCCAUCGAACUCCUCUCACCGUCGUCUUCUCCGUUCUCCGUCCGCAAAAUCCUAACAACCCACGAAACCCAUCCCCCUCAACAUCUUCCGUCCACCCCGGAAGUUCAUCCCACAAAACCGCGUUCCGAACUCCCGAAACUCAUCCCACAACCCAUCUGUCCCUGGUCUGCUUCACCCCACCAAACCUGUUAGCUUGUGAAAGAAGUUGAAGGCCAUGUCUGAGGUAAAUCGGAAUCGACCAGUGAAAGUGUACAACAGAAAUGGUGCGCACUUCUUUGACAGAAAUGGCUCAAAGGAUGGAAUUGCAAAUUCCUCUUAAAGAUUGCUUUCCCACCCAAUACUCUGUACGGUCUUCCUUCUUAGAGGCCUUGGAACUGCUUAGCGAAUGCCUUACAUUGAAGCAGAUGUUGAUGGUUACAAAGAUGCCUUUUGGACACUUGUUUGAUGUUGCACAGCUACAAUUCUCAACUCAACUGAUUCAUUUGUUGUUGUUACGCCUUGUGCGUGACCAGCCCGAGGAUGAGAUGUGGUUUUCCGUGGAGGGAAGGUUGAUGAAAUUCACAUAUGAUGACUUUAAGAGGAUAACUGCAAUCCAAGAUCCUGUCGAGUAGCCAGCGUAUGAUGUUAAUGAUCAGUUGGGAGUCGUUGACAAAUACUUUGGUGGAUGUGAUGAUGUAAGCUAUGGAAAGUUUAAGGCGAAAAUUAUAGAACUCGGCGGUACCCCCCCGUGACGAAGAAGAUUUCAUGGACCGUGUGAAGUUAUGUUCUUUGUUUUUGGUCCAUUGUUGUCUGCUAGCCAGGAAUCCGCAAACAAGAAUCCAUCCGGAUUAUUUGCGGCUGGUUGAUGACUUCAAGCAAUUUCAGUCUUGUCCGUGGUCAGUGGAGUCGCAUAAGGAGACGGUGAAGAACCUAAAAAAGACGAUGAAAGGGCAGCCACAGAAGUUCAAAGAUAACAACGAAAGUAAUCCGAAGUAUCGACAAUGCAAAGUUCAGUUUGUAUGGCUUUCCAUUUGUUUUGUAAGUAUUGAUGUCAUUGUCUGUAUGGAUGUGUACUUCAGAAUUUAAUGUCUGUAUAUGUUAAUAAGUUGUCUGUAUGUAGGUCUGGGCAUACGAGGAGCUGUCAGUCCUUGCGUCUAAUUUUGCUAAAAGAAGGGUGGUGUGUAAUAAAGACAGACCAAUGCUGAAAUGGAGUGCUGAUGGGGUUUUCC